AUGGCUCCAGGGGCCUCUAAGAAGUCGUGGGGCAGCGUGGAGGUGGCCCUGGUUGACCUCUGUGCCAUCCUGCUCUGCUGUGGGCCGAUGCUGACCUGCUGCCGCCAGGUGACCAUCUCCCCAGCAGUGUUAACUCGCCCUGAAGGUGACAAAGCCACUUUCUACUGCAAUAUCUCCAGGGAGAAUGACUCUGGUUCAGAGUACAGCCUCAAUUGGUACAAGGAGACCAACCACAGCCAAGCCCAGAAAACUGCUGAGAUCAGCCGAUACAAGCCCACGACAGAGACAGAGAAGUACCGGCUCAUCAACAACACUCCUUUCUUUGAGAUUGAGAUCCUGAACCUCCACCAGAAUGACUCAGGCUUCUACUACUGUGGACUGAUCACCUUCUAUGAGCCCAAUAAAGUGAUGGAGAGCAAGAGGGCCCAGCUGAUAGUCACAGCAGCCCCCCAGGUGAAUGCUACUGACGAGCCGGAGAUGGAGGAAGGCAGCCCCUCUGAGCACAUCAAGGCCAUGCUCCUGGGCAUCCUCCUGCUGGCUGGAGUGAUUGUGCUGCUGAUCUUCGGCUACCUCACCUUCACAUACAGGAGACGAGAUGUGCAGAAACCACCGAGUGAAAACAUGCCAGUGGAAGAGAAGCCCCCCGUGGUGUUUGUAUCCACUGUGGACUAUGGUGUGCUGGAGUUUCAGCGGGACCAGCACAGCCCAGUGCCCUCCAAGACUCAGCCAGUUGAGCAGACUGAAUAUGCCACCAUCAUCUUCCCUGAGGAGAAACCUGUCACACCAGAGCAUGGCAAGAAACACCGGGAGGAGAGGACUCGACAGCUGCCAUCACUGCCCUGCUGA